UUCCACAAAAAUUUAAGAAUUGAAAUUCAACAAACAUAGCCUCAGAACAUCGCUCUUUCUCACCGUUUCCCACAUUCCAAACGGAGGGUAGAAGAGGCAUCGCUGUUUGCUUCAUUUCGAUACUUUCAGGGUAUCUACAGAGAAGAACUGAGCAUCCCAUCAAAAUUGAAUCCAAAUUAUGCUCUCAGGGUUGGCUACUGGGGGUCACUUACAACCCAAAUUUGUCAAUUUGCAAGCAAGGCAUGCUACUGGUUUUGAGGUGGAGAAAUUAUAUUUUUCAAAAUUUAGGCCUCAUUUGAAUAACAGAAUAACUUGCGCAUUUUCCCCACUAGAGAAAGUUGCAUUCACUUGUAAGGAACAUGAAAAGAAUUGGCCUUUGGUUAAGAUGUGUGGGAUUACAAGUGCUGAAGAUGCUGCUAUGGCAGCAGAAGCUGGAGCUAAUUUUAUUGGGAUGAUUCUUUGGCCCAACUCAAAACGUUCCAUUUCACUUUCAAAAGCAAAGGAAAUUUCAAAAGUUGCACGGGAGUAUGGAGCAAAACCUGUUGGGGUGUUUGUGGAUGAUGAUGCAGACACAAUAUUGAGAGCUGCAGAUGCUUGUGAUCUCGAAUUUGUUCAGCUUCAUGGAAAUGGUUCACGGGCAGCUUUCCUAGAUUUAGUUCAAGAAAAACAAAUAGUAUAUGUUCUUCAAGCAAAUGCAGAUGGAGACCUCCUAAAUCAAAUUUCAGAUGAAGAUUGUUCGACGGUUGAUUGGAUUCUGGUGGAUAGUGCAACAGGUGGUAGCGGCAAAGGAUUUAACUGGGCUCAGUUUAAGCUACCACCAAUUAGAAGCAAGCAUGGGUGGCUCUUGGCAGGAGGGAUCAACCCUAACAAUGUUUGUGAAGCGCUGACUACCCUGAAACCUCAUGGUGUAGAUGUCAGUAGUGGCAUUUGUGGCUCAGAUGGCAUCAAGAAGGAUCAAUCACAAAUAUCUUCCUUCAUGAAUGCAGUCCGUUCUGUGCAGUAUUGACUGGUCAUGAGCAAGAGAACUUAUUGGUAACUGCCUGAAAGUCGUUACGUUGUUACUAUGCAUUCAAUUCCAUUUUACUUUUACAUAUCCAAGGAUAAAUAUAUGGAUGUUGCAUAGGCUUUUGCUCAUGCUAAAAUACUACCAGCAUUUCUUGACUGUUUUAUUCAUUUAUUGGGAGCAAGUUCAUGAGCAUCUCAAGAAUGUAGCUCAAUGUGCGGUUAAUAUGAUCUGCCAUUCUUUUC